AUGUCGAGCCGCCGCGUUCCACUUGCAAACCUCCAAAAUGCCACAAACUCGCCAUUACGCGCCACCGCCAUGGGAGGAAAGCGCCAGCGAUCCCACGCCAGUGAGCAACGCGACCUGAACUAUGGCCAACCACCAUCCAAGAAGCAGAUUAUCGAAGUUGAUGAUGCCGAAUCCCGUCGCCAUGGCCUUGUCCGUCGGAGCGGGGCCCAGCCGACUGCCCUCACCCGGAAGCUGGAAGCCGCAAGAGAGACAAAGGUCACGCCAAAGCAUGCCGCCCAGCGAGCCGCCAACGACUUGGAAACCAUCAGGCAAUGGCAGCGUCACUACCGCAAGCUGUUCCCCCAGUUUGCCUUCUACUUUGAUAGCGUUUCGGAUCCCCAGAAGGACAAGCUGAUGAGCAGGGCCCGUAUCCUAGGAUCACGCGAGGUCAAGUUCUUCUCUCGGGAAGUCACUCAUGUCAUCACAACGCGUCCCAUUCCUGCCGACGUCGAUGGCAGUUCAUCGGCUCACAAAGGAACCGUCAACCCAGCCCAGUUGGAAAACAAGAAGAACGUCUUUGACGCCGCCCUGGAAAAGUCGGAUCGCUGUGAUAUUUUGUACAAGGCUAAGAGCCUCGGGAUGAAGAUAUGGUCCGUCGAAAAGCUGCAGCGCAUGGUGGAUACCAUGUUCAACAAAGAGACCGGCGAAGAUGCAUCGAGUUACCCCACGCGUCAGAACCUGGCCGCCCAGAAGGGCCGUCCUGCUGAUCUCCAGAAGUUGCUGCAGAAUGAGAAGAUGGACCGCGACUACCUUAUGGCUUCGCAGGAUAUGGUCCCUCUCCGCGGAUACUACGUCUACGUGCAUGAUAUGGACGAGGUCACCCGACCUGUUAUGAUUCGCGAGUACCAAAAGGUGGAGAAGGAAAAGGGCAAGUGGCCGCAAUUCCGUGCUUCGGGCAACGGCAAGUGUCCCUUUGUCGAGGAUCCUCACUUUGGUCGCCGUCAACAGGAGGAGCAAGAGGCGCGCCGUCUAGCACGACAGGCAGCACAGGCCCCCCGAACGCGUGCUGCGUUGGCAUUGGAGGAGAAGAAUGCGUUGGCAGAGAACAACAAUUUGGCCAGGCGUCCUAGUGCGCCUGCCGUCAUCAUUAAGGAAGAUGAGGACGCGAAGCCGUUAGAUCCCCCAAAGGCCCUUCCCCUCAAGCGUUGCAACACCGCAGACGGUGCUCCUCCCAUGUUUGGCAGUGCUCAGGCUAGCAUCCGAGCCAUGCCUCGCUUCAUUGCUGGUGAGCCAGUCGCGUCUGGUCUCCACCAGUCCAACAUCACGUCGGCCAUUCGCUCGCAGAUGAUAUCAUCAACUGCAGCAGCGCCUCGUGCUGGAAACAGCAAGGAAGUCAACCAAUUGAAACGAAAGGUCCUCGAGAAGAACAGCGUACCGUCGACGAAUACGAAUAGUGGUCAUUCGUCCGUCACAAACGAUGUGAGGACCGCGCUCAACCACGAGCAUUCUCAACCAAUGCGGGCAGCCAAGCGUAAAGCCCAAGAGUCCAUGGGACACAUCCUCGAUGGAGACGAAGAGAGGCAGGCUCGCAAAGCAGCAGCUCUCCGAAGGCGCAAGACUGUGGAGAAGGAAAUGAAGCCGGGUUACUGCGAGAACUGCAGAGAAAAAUUCGAAGACUUCGAUGUGCACGUUGUCACCCGCAAACAUCGCAAGUUCGCAACAACCAGCGAGAACUGGGCUGAACUUGACCAGCUCCUCGCCCAACUUGAUCGUCGAUGA